GUGAUGACGCAGGUUUGGAGUUGCAGGCAUGAGACGUCUAACUAUUUGCGCUUCUGCACGUCCAGGAACAUCGGCAAUAUUGUGAAGUUUAUUGAGCCCGUUACCUUGACAGUCCGCAGUACUUCGUUAUUUACCUCGUUUUUCUGCAGGAAUUGUACUGACAGCGGCACCGACAUGGAUCUGAGUAACAUGAGAAAGAGCUAUAAGAGCGAUCAGGAGUGUUUUGAGGAGGAUCAGCUUGCUUCUUUAGAUCCAAUUAAGCAAUUCGGCAGCUGGUUUGAUCAAGCCACUAAAUGCCCUGAGGUGGGAGAAGCCAAUGCAAUGUGUCUUGCAACAGCCACCAAGGAUGGUCGCCCCUCUGCACGCAUGGUUCUUCUAAAAGGCUACAGCGAGGAGGGAUUUCGCUUCUUUACCAACUAUGAGAGUCGGAAAGGUACAGAGCUGGACAGCAAUCCCCAGGCCUGUCUUGUAUUUUACUGGGAACCAUUAAACAGACAGAUUCGCAUUGAAGGCACUGUAGAGAGAAUCCCAUAUGAGAUUUCACGUGAUUAUUUCCACUCAAGGCCCAAGGGCAGUCAAAUCGGGGCUGUUGUUAGCAGGCAGAGCACAGUAAUACCAAGCCGACAAUACCUGAGAGACAAGAAUGCAGAGCUUGAGGAAAAGUAUAAGAACACUAAUGUACCAAUGCCAGAUUACUGGGGUGGAUACAUUGUAAAACCCCACCUGAUUGAGUUCUGGCAGGGUCAGACCAAUAGAUUACAUGACCGAAUAGUCUUUUUGCGGCCAAAAGAGGGAGAGACUGAGCUGGGGGAUAUGCAGCAUCAAGCUGAGGGAGGCUGGAUAUACCAACGCUUAUCCCCCUAAUAGAGGACAUGCUGUGAAAUCAACAUCACCGUCUGUGACAUCAAUACAUCAUCAUUACUUGACAGCGACUGUCGCAAAUAAUGCCACCAGGGCAUCAACUGACUAGUGAAGACUUAUCAUUCCAUAUUCGUCCUGCAUUCGUAUCAUCUUAACCAAAACCAGAAGGGAGAUUUAUGUUGAUAACUGCAUACAUGAUUUUAUGAAUAUAAAUCAUGUUGCAUUACGAAAUGGUGCUUCGUUGCAGCAUUUUUAAGCCUUCAAGACUGACCUCAACACGUUCUUAAUCUACUACUUGUAAGUGCAAAGUCUGUUGACUGCCUGAUGUUUAUUAAUAAUUAAAAAAGCACAGCUGUACUUGCAGCCUUAAUUGUAGUUUCAGAAAACAUAGAUUUUGGACUUCUGUGCACAUCUAUAAAUGUGUUAAUGAUAAACAACAAAAUAUUCUACAAGACAAAUGUGAAAUAUGAUUAGAUUGUGUGUUAAUAAAUGUGCCAAAUGUAAUGUUGAUCUAAAAUAACUGUCUGAAUUUGGCUGUAAUUCUGUAAUGGAUGGUGACUUUUUCUUGUAAAUAUACAGUAAUAAACCUGUUUAAUUUUUGCAGCGAUGCUCAUUGUGCUUUUUUGCCAGCAGAUGGCGGUGGCGUUCAAACAACUGUUUGUACUUCUCCACAAUUUAACACAUCUCAGAAAUGCAAUAAAAAUCUUUAUUUUGCAUAUUCUAACAAUAACCGUUAAAGACCUCAGUAAACAAUGGACAAGUACAAAUUAAACGACAAAUUAAAGCUGUAGUUGUGGAGAACCUAUUUCUAACGUGCUGUGACUUUUGACUGUCCUUGCCCUAAUUACAACCCUUUUUAUGACAAAUGAUCAAAUCAGAGAUAUGCACAACUGAGCGUCCACAACCA